AUAUGUAUUAUCUAUGACAGUGAGUGAACUAAAAUUCCAAAGGGAAUUUGUUUCGUAUAAAUAGUGGUAUUUACUGUUUGAAGUACUUUUUAUUUCAUGUCCAUAAUGCCGCAGAUAAUGUGUAAUUUAAAUGCUUGUCUUUAUUAUUAAAGAUAUAUAAACAUUUUUAUAUAGAAUAAGAAUAGACGUAUGGUAGUGAUGAGGCGAUACUUUUUUAGAAUCUUGAGGCUUCGUAACCUUUUAGCCAUCACAUCAUUAGUUAUAUUAUUGUACUUAGUCAAAAACAUCACUGAAAUUAAAUCAAUAGCAGAUGUUGCCAAACCAGUGCAAGAAUCCUUACAAAACAUUUUACAGAAGGAAAAUGACGAAGAAUACUUUGUGCCAACCAGCUUAAAGAAAAUUGAUUGGAAUAAUUAUCAACAAAUUGAUUAUGAAAGAAAACGAGUUGGUAUUGGAGAACAUGGUCUACCAGCUCAUCUCCCACAAAAAGAUUCUGCAAUAGAGAAGGAACUUUACUCUGUAAAUGGAUUCAACGGUGCCCUUAGUGACAAGAUACCUCUUAAUCGCUCUCUACCAGAUAUACGUCAUCAAGGUUGCCACAAGAGAAUGUAUAUAGAAUCGUUACCUACAAUUAGUGUUGUUGUGCCUUUUCAUAAUGAACACUGGAGUACAUUGCUCAGAACUGCAUACAGUGUACUUAACAGAUCACCAACAUUUUUAAUAAAGGAAGUAUUUCUAGUUGAUGAUGCCAGUACUAAAGACUUUCUCGGAAAAAAGUUAGACGAUUAUGUAUCGAAACACUUGCCUAAAGUUAAAGUUAUUCGUUUGGAAAACCGUAGUGGAUUAAUCGCUGCAAGAUUAGCCGGAGCUAAGCAGGCGAGUGCCGAUGUUCUGGUGUUUUUAGACUCUCACACUGAAGCUAAUGUCAACUGGCUACCACCCUUGCUAGAGCCGAUCGCAAUGAACUACCGCACAGUGGUGUGUCCGUUCAUCGACGUGGUGGCGUUCGACACGUUCGAGUACCGCGCGCAGGACGAGGGCGCCCGCGGGGCCUUCGACUGGGAGCUGUUCUACAAGCGCCUGCCCGUGCUGCCGCAGGACCUGCAGCACAUGCCGGAGCCCUUCGAGAGCCCCGUGAUGGCGGGCGGGCUGUUCGCGAUCUCGCGCGUGUUCUUCUGGGAGCUCGGCGGGUACGACGCCGGCCUCGACAUCUGGGGCGGGGAGCAGUACGAGCUCAGCUUCAAGAUCUGGCAGUGCGGGGGUCGCAUGCUGGACGCGCCGUGUUCCCGGGUGGGACACAUCUACCGCAAGUUCGCGCCCUUCCCGAACCCCGGACACGGAGAUUUUGUGGGACGGAAUUACAGACGCGUGGCCGAGGUGUGGAUGGACGAGUACGCGCAGUACCUGUACCGCCGGCGCCCGCACUACUUGCGCAUCGAGCCCGGAGACCUCACCCAGCAGAAGGCACUGCGGCAGAAGCUGCACUGCAAAUCAUUCCGCUGGUUCAUGACGCAGGUUGCUUUUGAUCUGACGGCGAAAUAUCCGCCGGUCGAGCCGAAUCCCUUUGCAGAAGGACAGAUACGGCCGGCGCAGCAGCCGGCGUUCUGCGUGGACGCGCACCGCGGCGCGCAGAUGGAGGCGCUGCAGCUCAAGGCCUGCACGCGCGCCGCCGCCGCCGAGCAGGACUUCGUGCUCUCCUGGCACAAGGACGUGCGGUCCAAGAGUAGAAACAUGUGCUGGGAUGUGCCGGAUUCUUCUCCCAAGAGUCCAAUACUUCUUUACAGCUGCCAUCUCGGUGGAGGAAAUCAAUUAUGGAGAUAUCACCCGGAUACAAAACGCUUAAAACACGGCACCAACGACAACUGCCUCGACUGGGACCCGCCCACGCGCGCUCUGUACAUCAAACCCUGCGAUGACUCCUCCGACACUCAAGAGUGGAUCAUAGACAACGUGGACAACGAGAUGUUAGAGAAGUGGGACAGCAUCGCGAAACGAGUCACUGGACCGGUUGAGACGUACAAUGAAUAAAUAUUUUUUUGCCUUUUUUAUCACUUAGGUGAAAACAAACAGUUAAUUUCAUAAAUCAUAUCGAACGCUUACUGAAUACAAGCAGAAACAUUAAUUGUAAACGUUUAUACGAGAUUAUCAGUAUGAUUUAUAAGUUCCGACAAGUUUUGUCUACUGCCAGUAGCAUGCACUAACUAGAAUUUAUUUUAGAUAGAUAAGGAUUGUUCUAUACUAUAUUCCGGUGGAAGGACUAGUGAAAAUAAACAAACGUAUUCCAUACGAUUUGCUAAUAAUUUAAUACCAAGAGUUCUUGAUUUAUAUUUAUAAUAUAACUGUUUUCCACACAACUACUUAUAAAUAUAUUGAUUUUAUUAUUAGAAUCAAUAAUGAAUAUCAUAGAAUUUUGAGUAGUUAUAUAAAGUUCACGGCCAAAGUUUAUUUAUGUUUACAGCCAUUGGAAUCGACUGUACAUUCGACUGUUAAAACGUUUAACGAAUAUAUUAUAUUUUUUUAUAAGUAAAAGGCCGCGUUUGAAAUGUCGCAGAUUUGAAUUUAUAUUUUAAGAGACUAUUUGUAUCGUUAUUUCGACAUGCCCAUUCCGUACAUCGUUUAUUAUUAUAAUUACAAACAUUAUAAAAACACAUAUGUAUUUAAUAAAACUACAUACAUUUUGUUC